AUGGGGUUGGGCCCCACAGAUGCGAAUUCUCUCCCAUCCUUCGGUUGGAGCAUUCUUGACACUGUGAGUGGAACUCGAUGCUGGAAGGGGUUUGUGCCGGCCGGCAUGUGGAUGGUUGUUUGGCCAUUGUUUGCGGAGCAAUUUUACAAUGAGAGGUUUAUAGUGAUGGUGUUGGGGAUUGGGGUGAGCGUAGGGGCUCGUGCGGCCAUAAGGUGGGGUGGGGAAGGGAAGGCUGAAGGGUUGGUGAAGAGAGAGGAUGUGAGGAAGAGUGUGGAGGAGGUGAUGAGCAGGAGCAGAGAAGGUGAAGAGAUGAGGAAGAGAGCAUUGGGCUUGCAGAAAAGGCCAAAAGGGCUAUUGGAGGAGAAGGUUCUUGAGGAGAAGGUUCUUCCUAUCUCGAAAUCAAAUUAUUUGUGGAAGAUGUCAAGCAAAUAA